GCAACUGACACAGCUGGGAAAGAGAAACUUCUGGCUCCUCUGUAAAACAAGCAAAAAUGUCUUUAAGCGUUGUUUUACGUAUAAACAGUUAAAACCACAGAAACGAUAGGUCACAUUGUUCGCUCUAGAUGGCUUUCUCUUGGUUUCGUGUUGCUGUGGCGCUUUGUUUUGCGUCUUUAUCGGUUGUUGUCGCCGUUAUCGGACCAAAUCAGGCGAUGCCUCCUCCUCUGCCCGCCGCCCUCGGUGUGUGCUCUCUGGCCGGGAUGGCGCUCCUCUGGAGGGACAUCAGCUCCAAGAUGAAGGGUGAGAGCCGGACCAUGGGCAGCCUGCUCAGCCAGUAUCUGUCCGUGAAGGCGGUGGGCUGGCUGGGCAGGCGGCAGAGGAGGAAACUUGAAGCCGACACUCUCAACGUGAAGCGGGUCCAGGAGGAGACGCUGCUGAAGCGCCUGCGGAAAAACGCAAACACAUGUUAUGGAAGACAGUAUGACUUCAGCUCAAUUAAAGACAGCGAUGACUUCCGGUCGCGUCACCCCAUCACCACAUACGAGCACUACCGGGAGCUCAUCAAACGCAUCGCGGCCGGAGAGGAGAAGGUGAUCAUUGCAGAGAAGCCGCUGAUCCUGGCCAUGACCUCUGGGACGUCAGGAGCCAGCGCCAUGCUGCUCAGCACCAAGGACACCAACACUGAGUUCUUCCUGCAGGGAGUGACUGUGUGUUUGGAUGCCAUGGGAAGAGCGUUCCCUGCGACCGACAGCCUCCAGCGCACCACCAAAUUCUUCUACUCACCGACUUUUCGCCAGUCGGAGGCCGGCAUCCCCAUCGGACCAAACUCCUCCACACCAGCCUCCUCACGCCACAUGCUCAACCUCUACACCACCCCGGCACCCGCCUUCGAGGUUCCCAGUGAGAAAGACACGCUCUACCUACAUCUCCUGUUUGCUCUCAAAGAUCCCAGUGUGGGAACACUGGAGUCCAACUUUGCUUCCACAGUCUUCUAUGCUUUCACUGCUUUACAGGAUCGCUGGCAGGAGCUCGUCGAGGACAUUGAACGAGGGGAGGUGAGCAGCGCUCUGGCUCUGGAGCCCAAAGUGAGGUCCAGGCUCCAGGCUCUGAUGAAGCCAGACCCGCAGAGGGCCGCUCAGCUCCGGGCCCACUUCCAGGAUGGCUUUCGUGGGAUUGUCAAGCGGCUGUGGCCUCACCUGCACCUGGUGCUGGCAGUGGACUCGGGCUCUAAUCAGAUCUAUGGGGAAAUGUUGAGGGAGAACUACUGCCAGGGAGUGCCUUUCUAUUCGCCUUUCUACGCUGCUACUGAAGGUCUAAUUGGGGUGAACCUGUGGCCGCAGGAGCUGAACAGACGCUACAUGCUCUGCCCUCGCUCAAUGUUCUGCGAGUUCCUGCCGGAGAGCAGCCUGGAGGAGGAGACGCCUCAAACUCUGCUGAUGGAGGAGGUGAAGGAGGGACAAAACUAUGAGCUCGUUAUCACAAACGCUUCAGGACUCUUCAGAUAUCGCAUCGGAGACAUUGUGAAAGUAGUUGGAUUCCACAACCAGUGUCCCAUUGUUGAGUUUCAGUACAGACGGGGUCAGAUGUUGAGCGUUCGAGGGGAGAAAGUGUCCGAGGCGUUGUUCCUCAAUGCUCUGAAGAAAGCUGUUGCUCAGUGGCCGGCAGCCCAACUGGCUGACUACUGCUGCGCUGAGAGCGGCAUCAUGGGAGAUUCAAUUGGCGGCUCAGAUCCUCAUUACCAGGUCUUUAUAGAGCUGAAAGGUGUGAGAAACCUCACAGAGGAACAACGGUACAAGUUGGACAUUUGUCUCCAGCAGGACUCGGCUGUCUACAAGUCUUUCCGUAUCAAAGGCAGCAUCGGGCCAAUGAGGGUGCAGCUGGUGGCAGAGGGCGCGUUCAAGGAGCUGCGACAACACAUGAUGGCCUUCUCCAACACGUCACCCAACACUUUUAAAAUGCACCGAGUGCUGCGCAGGAAAGAGUACGCUGACUUUCUCCUGGGGAAAACCGUCUCCUGAAACCUCCUGUUGUUGUGGAUAGAGACAAAGAUUGAGGACUGUGGUGAGCGCUGACUGAAUGAAAUGUUGAACGAGUUGAUUAAUUGUGCCUUUGGGAACUAUAAAAACACAAACACACAUAAUAUCUGACAAUUAAAAAUGUUCAUUUGACUGAUUUAUUUACUCGCCAUAUUUAUAUUUUUAUUAAAGUGAACCGUAAAUGUG